GAAGAAGAAGAAGAAGAAAAAGAAGGCAAAGAAAAAAGUUUGAAAAAAUGAAAAUUUUGCUGUUCCUAAUAACCUUUUACGCUAGAUUCAGAUCAGCAUUUGCUCAGUAUUGUAUUAAUGAUGGUGUUACAGAUUUUCAAUUGACAUCAAGUGGAUAUUAUGUUGAUUCUUCUAUCUCAUGUGUUAGUGUUUGCAAUUCUUAUUCUCCAGGAGUUUUCUUUUAUGCAUUUUACCUUGAAAAACAACUUUGUUUCUGCAAAAAUUCAUCACAAUUAAAUAUUACUCCAAGUAAUUGUAGUACAACUCAAUGCCUGAUUGGCAGCACAAAUUGCAUUUUAAGCAAUUAUGAGUAUUUUCCACUUUCAUUAGGUAUUAUUGAUUGGGAAAUAACUUUCAAUCCCAAUCCUGCACUUGUUGAUAAUGAAGUUCAAAUACAAACAAAAAUUUCAAAAGGUGAUGCUUCAAGUGCAUAUGUGAUACCAACAACUAAUGGCUUAACAACUAAUGGCUUACCAUCAGAUGUUCAAAGUGUCAUUGGCACAACAGUUAAAACACAUUUUUAUUUGCCUGGUUUACAACUUUGGUCUCAAAAAAUAGGAAAUAACUAUUCCAAUCCAAUCAACACAUCAGUUUGGUUACAAAUAGAUGAAAAAGUUGGAGGUGUAUUUGUAAAUCCUUUAAUUGUUGAUGUCAAUGGCUUUUACAAUUUCUUUUUGGUCAUUACUCAAGGCACUAGAGUUAGUGUAAAUAUAUCACUACCAAUGAAUAAAAAUGUAAACUUUACUGCUGAUGUUAUUUGCUUGUCGUAUGGAUUAGACUUGUCUAUGUUUUAUAAUACAUCUGAUGGAACUUGUAGUCUUAAAAAUGGUUUCAUUUUAAAUCAAGUUAUUUUAUCGUCUGGUUAUUUGAAAAAAAUUAAAUUAAAAGUUUCUGAUACAGGAACGUUAAAAAUUGCUAUUUUGAGGCCAUCAAUUAGUUCCACAAUUUUUUGUGCUUUGGGAUCAAGUUGUACAAACACUUUAAAUACUUUUAAUCCAGUAACAGCUUUAGUUGUAAAAAAGUUUUUAUUUUCACUACCUAUUAAAGGUAUUAUUGAAAUACCUAUGCAAAACAUUGCUGUUGAAGAAAAUGACGUUAUCUGGAUUGGAGGAAGUGCCAGUUUAUAUUGCAAUGGAGUAAAUUAUGCACCAAUGGUUGAAAUGGAUCUUGGGAGUAUUGUUACAUUUUCUAUGAAUGAAACCAAUAACAAUGGGUUUUUUAUAUCAUUUUUUGUAUCAAAGCCAAUUGAAUAUUAUAUUCCAGUUACAACAAAUACACCAGGCUUGUUCAAUUUUGUUGUUGAUGCCUCCAAUAAUGUUUCAUCUUCUAGAAGAUUAAAUUAUUCAUAUCCUAUUCAGAUUCCUAUUUCUGGAUUACGAUUUGCCAACAAUAAACCAUUUUCUAAAGAUAUUGCAGGCUACAAGCUUAACGGAUGGUUAACUUUACAAGCUGUUAUAGAUAAUGGCACCGAUGUUAUGUAUUUAUUUGAUAUUCCUAAGUUAAAGUUUUCUUCAUAUGUAUCCAGUGGUUCAGUAAAUUUUAAAUUGACUACUUUAGGUGUUUUUACUGUGUAUUUGACUGCAGGAAACAAAUUAAACUCUGUUAACACUUCGAUUGAGAUUGCUGUUUUGUCAGAAAUUAGUAGUAUACAAUUGUAUGCUGAAAAUAAUCAAUUGCAAAAUAGCAGUUAUAGCACAAGUGUGACAAUAUUCAAUGGAACUAAUGUAUAUUUGAUACUUGAUUUUGGUGAUGGAACCCCUGUUUUAAGUUUAACAAAUAUUAAUGCCACUGGUAUGAAUGGUUUCACCUACACUAUUUCACACAUGUAUUCUGUGUGUGACAUUUAUACAAUUACUGCUUAUGUAUCAAAUGUUCUUGUUACCAGUAGUGGAGUGUUCAAUGCAACAAUCAUUAGUUCAAAAAAAGUUGCAGUUUUUUGCAUAUUAUCUCAGUUAAAUGUUAUAACAACACCGACUGUUUCUUUAAAUGGGUAUGUUGAGUUACCUAUCACUAAAAGUUUAAUGUUAAACAUAUUUCAAGAUAUUGGAUCAUAUAGGAAUUAUUCAAUUGAUUGGGGGGAUGGUACUUAUUCAUAUAAUAAUCAAUCAGUGUUGAAUUUAAAUGUUUAUUUUCCUGUUAUGUUUCAAGUGCAGCAUAUGUAUGAAAAGGAAGACAUGUAUAAUGUUUCUAUAACAUGUAAAAACGCCUUACAAAAACUUAAUUAUGUUGUUCAAGUUCAGGUAAAGAGUUGUUCUGUGCCUUAUGUCAGUUUUUAUUACGGAACAUCUUUAAAUCCAGUGAGUGUUUUUCGAAACUAUGAUAAAGAUUUUAUAGGUUUCAUUGAAAAAGUUAAAGUAUCUUGUCAAAGUAAAACUUCGACUUUUGAAUGGAAUCUUACAAGUUCGAAUUUAAAGCCUAUAAUAAGUCGACAAAAAGGUAUAGAAUCUCAGCAAAAAAUUAUGUAUACAAUUGCAAAAGGUUCACUUGAUGUUGGUUUUUAUACAUUGUCAUUGCAGUAUACCUAUGGAGAAACUUCUACUGUUUAUUCAGCAUAUGUUAAUGUUUUAUUUUCUCCAUUAAUAAUGGAUAUUGAGAAUGGAUUUUUUAAUUCUAUUGCAUAUAAAAAGAAAAAUGGAAAUGAAAGUUUUUACCAAAAUUUUACUAUUAGUGCAGAAAAUAGUAAUGAUCCAGAUGAUCCAACCGUUGGAAUUAAGGGUAUUACUUUUACAUGGAGAUGUAAAGUUGCUACAAAUUUUUCUGAUGCCCAAAUUGUUAUGGCAAAUUUCACAUCUUUAAAUUCAACUUUUGGUGGUGAUGCAUGUUUUAAUGAAACCUGGGUGAAUAUUUCUUCUACUAGUCCAAGUAUUAAAUUUAGUACACAGCAGUUCUUGGAAGGAAUCAAUUACCACUUCGAAGUCUGUGGAACAAAAUACGCAGGCAAAGAUAUAUACUCAAAGGAUCAAUACAAAACAAGUUGCUUCAUUCAACAAUUUCUAAUUAUUGCAGCAAGUGCUCCUACUAUAACUCUAAAGUGUAUAUCAAACUGUGCAACCAAAUUAAAUUUUCAAGAGCGUGUAAUAUAUUCAUUUGUCUGUGAAGACUGUGGCUCCAGAAGAUUAGUGGCAAAAUGGAUUAUCACAAGUGAUGCUUCUACAGAGCCACUAACAGAUAAUGAUACAACAACUGGGUUUUCUACUCCUAGUCUUGUAAUUAAAAGAGAUAUUUUGCUUGAAACUAAAAAUUACACAUUUAACUUAAUAGUUGGUUAUGCUGACUCUAUAAGUAGAGCAAGCUUUGAGUUUACAAAGACUGUUUGUUCGAAGCCAACUGGAGGAGUUUGUUAUGUAAACCCAGCCUCCGGUUAUGCCCUGGAUACAAAGUUUUCAAUUGUUUGUUAUGGUUGGAGAGAUGCUGAUGGAUUGCUGUUUUAUCGUUUUUAUUAUGACAAUGGUCAGAUUGAGCGGAUGAAUCUCAGUAGUACAAACUCUGUGGAUUAUCCAUUAUUAAAUGCAGCAACUAUAGAUCAACCUAGUUUAGUUAACUUUGUGAUGGGGCCUGGUGACCAAAAGAAUGAUUACAAGAUCAUAAUUUUUUUAAGAGUUAGCAAUAAGUACAAUGCUUACACAGAACAGAAUUUUACUAUAAUGGUAAAACCAAAUAAAAAACUUUUAAAUAUAACUGACUUGCUAAUUGAUGUUAAUUUGAAUGAUACACAAAGUGUUUCUAACCUUGUUCAGGCCAUAAGUUCCACUUCAAACAAAAAUUCUUCAAGCUUAAAUAAGGUUUCAUCAACAUCUAAUAAUGAGGUGCGCACACAAGUUAUCAGUUUAAUUAACAACUUGCCCAUUAUUGAUUUAAAUUCUUUUAAAUCUGUAAGUGAUGGUUUGGUUUUAUCAAUAAAAUAUCCAUCAGAAAUUACUUCACAGGCUCAGAAUCAGGCAGCAAAUAUUGUGGAACGGUUGUCUGGAUAUCUCACCAAACAAAAUUUGAAAGGUUUUGGAGCAGAUAGUUUUGAUACACUGACUCAAUCACUUCUAAAUUCUAUUUCGAGUUUGUUUCUGACUGAUUUUAAUUCAACUGAUCCAGGAUCUCCCUUUAUUCCUGAUAAUAAAACAGCAUCAUCUGGCACUGAAACAACUGCAACAACAACAACUUCAGCAGCAUUCUCAAAUCUUACUGUGAAUGUAGACAUAGUUUCAAAGUUAUUUGAUUCUAUGAAUAAAUAUUUCAUAGCUGCACAUUCUUACAAAGUACCUGGUGAAAUUGCUACUAUAGGUGAAACAAAGGAGUUUAAUUUUGUAUUAAAGAAAAAUUUCUCUUUUGAUGUGAGCAACAGUUCUAUUGGCUCACUCGAUGGUGGUUUUACGUUUCCGAAUGUUGAAGAUAUCUUUAAUAACUCCAUGCAAGCUAAACAAAUUCUAAUUAAUAAUGUCAGAAUGAAAAAUCUUGUUUACACAUGGGACACAAAUCGAUCUGAAAAUAUACUCACAGAAUCUCAAAGUCUUUCAAUCUUUGGUCUUGAUGGUCUUCCAAUAAAAGUCACUAAUACUUCACAACCAAUUACUAUUGCCAUAAAAAAUAUUCCAGAAAAAAUGACUGGUAAAAAUAUAUCAUUAUCAAUGCCUAAUGAUGUAUAUCUAGUUAAGCUUCCAUUGAAAUCAGAUUGUAAAAUGCUACUGAAGUUUCUGUUUAAAAAUGAUCCAAAUAAUUUAACAAACCUAAUUGUUUACAUUCAAUAUGGAAAAGUUGCAUCUAAAUUUGAUUAUGAUAUUAUGCUAAAUAUUUCUGCUAAAGACGGCAUUUUUAUGACAAAAAACAAUAAUCUUGUUCGAAACUUAACUUUUGCUAAUACAUUUACAAAUAAAAUGAAUGGUCUAAGAAAUCAAGAUGCUAAGCUUAAUGAUGAUGGUUCAUUGGUUUUGUGGAAUUUUAACAACUCUACAUAUGCUCCAUCUAACAAUAGUGAACUACAUAUGUCAUUUUGUUAUUUUGGUCCAAUGCCUGAUAAAAAACUAAAUGAAAAUGAAUACACUUUUGAUCAAGCAGAGUUUUCUGGAAAAUUUGAGUAUGAAAUGAAAUCAUAUUGUGCUGAAUGUAAUUACUGGAAUGAAAAUGCAAACAAAUGGAUGUCUGAUGGGUGCGAGCUUGAUGAAACUUCCACUAAUUUUUUGGUAACCAAAUGUAAAUGCACUCAUUUAACAACGUUUGGUGGAUUUUUCAUUGCUCCUAACCCACUACUUCCACUUUCAUUAGCUUUAUUUAAACAAGGAUACAUACUAACUGUAGCUGUUGCAGUUGUCAUUCUUCUAUGGUUACUUUGUUUACCAUUUACACGAAGAAUGGAUAAGCAAGACGAAUCUAAGAUAGGUGUUUGUCCACUGUAUGAUAAUCGUGAAGGAGAAACUUAUUUGUAUCAGAUAAUAGUGCAUACUGGAGACAUCAGAAAUGCUGGUACAAAAUCUAACAUAUUUCUCACUGUUGCUGGUGACAUAAGUGAAAGUGGAGUGAGACACUUAAAAGAUCCUGUUAGGAAAUGUUUUCAGCGAUCAAGUUGUGAUGUGUUUAUAAUGUCUACUUGCAGUUCUCUUGGUAAUUUAGAUUUUAUAAGACUGUGGCAUGACAAUAGUGGUGGAGGUUGGUACUUAAGAAAUAUUAUAAUUAUUGAUCUUCAAACUGAAAAAGAAUUUCUAUUUAUUGGUCAUCGUUGGAUGGCUGUAGAUCGUGGCAAUUGUUUGGUAGACUGUGUAAUACCGGUAGCAUCAGUUGAAGAAUCUACAAAUUUUAAUUAUGUUUUUAAAACAAAAGCACAACACAAGCUAUUAGAUGAACAUUUAUGGCUUUCAGUUCUUACGCGCUUACCUCAAAGUAAUUUUACCAGAUGCCAAAGGUUGUCUGUUGCUUUUUCUUUGAUUAUGACUUCUAUGAUGGUAAGCGCAAUGUUUUAUCAUGGUUAUAAAAAUGAACCGGAAAUAGAAAAUGGACUGUUUAACUUUUCUUUUGAUAAGAAAAAGAUUUUUGUAAUACUGAUAUGUUCAUGCAUCAAGUUUCCUGUAGAGCUAAUAUUUGUUAAACUGUUUUGUACAAUAAGACCUUUUCAAAAUCUCGAAAUGAGUUCAGAUGACAUAUCUCAAAAUAAGGACAAUAAAAUUGAAAAAAAUUUGUCGUUAAGCUGCUCACAACUUCUUCAAAAAAAUAGUCUUACAUCAACUGAUACAGCAACAUGCAUAGCUUGUGAAGAAAACAGGAAAUCAUCUUCAACAAAAACAAUUAGUAAAAAAUGUUUUCCUGUUUUGUGUUUGUACAUGACAUGGUUUAUUUGUAUUGGAAGUAUAUUUGGUUGUGGUUUUAUUGUUCUAUGGUAUGGAAUGAGUUUCGGAAAUAACCAAUCUUUACAUUGGUUGACUAUCAUAAUUGUUGAUUUGGUAAAAGAAAUAUUAUUAUUUGCACCCAUAAAAAUAUUUAUAUCUGCAAUAAUUAUUUCUCUUGUUGUAAAAAAAGUUAGCGAAGACAAAAGUGAAAUUAAAAAUAAAGGUAAAGCGUUAGCUCUGAAUGAAAGUUGGCUUCACAAACAGAAAGAUAAAUCAUUGAUUUUUAACAAGGAUGAUGUUAAUAUACAACCACCUGAUCCUGUUUCAUUAAAAAAAAUGAGAGAUUUACGCUUAAAGCAACUUAAGAUGUAUAGUUUAAUGACAGAACUUAUUUUAUAUUUUUUUUAUGCAAUAUUUGCUUUCCGCAUUGGUUAUUUUGCACGUGAAAAUGUUGCUUUUUAUCAAACUCGCAAUAUACAAGAACUUUUCAAUUUGACACUGAGAGGUGUUCCACUGCCAAAAGAUUAUAGCAAAAUUUAUGGCAAGAUUCAAUCAUCAAAGCAUUUUUGGUCGUGGAUGGAAGAACUUUUCUUUCCACAAGUUUAUCCUGACCCAUGGUAUAACUUGAGUGCUUUCUAUUCAAAUACAAGUCAACAAAAUUUUCCUGGAAAAUUGUUUUUAAAUGAUCUUACCUCAAAAAUUGUUAAUGGGAUUAGAAUUCGCCAAGUUCGUAUUCAGCCAGAUUCUUGCAAGAAAGCAUACUUGAUGUCUAAAUUUAUCAAAGUUGAUUGUUUGUCAUCAUAUGCAUCAUCUCUUGAAGAAACAAGAGAUUUUGAUUUAAAUUGGAAAAUUCCAAAACAAUAUAACUCUCCCAUUAUUCCUUCCACAAUGCCAUGGAGAUAUCAAACUUGGAAAGAGCUUGAUGGGUAUCCAUAUGCAGCAGAUUUAGAUAUUUACUAUGGCGGAGGCUAUGUCUUAGAAAUCUUUCCUAAAUGGAAAAACAAGGCUUUACUGGAACAAUUAAAGAAUUCAAGAUGGAUUGAUAGACAAACACGAGCUGUAAUAAUUGAGUUUGCUUUGUUUAAUGCUGCUACUAAUUAUUUUACCAUGGUUACAAUGGCCUUGGAAUUUCCUGCCUCUGGUGGAGUUGUGCCUACUUCUUCUAUACUUACAUUUCAGUUGUUUUCUUCAGGAACAGAUAUAUAUGUCUGGCAUGUUCUGUUUAUUUUAAUGGUUUUAGUAUUGACCAUUCGACAUUGUCAUCUUUUGUAUCAUGGUUGUAAAUAUUUUCUGGAGUUUUGGAGCUUAGUAGAAAGUUUAAUGAUACUGUUUUCAGUAAUUGCAGUUGGUUUUUUUUUUUUUAAAGGUUAUCUGGUCAAGAUGUUAUUGCAACGGCUGCCAGACAAAAAACCACAAACAUUUAUCAAUUUUCAGUUUGCAUCCUACUGGGAUCUUGUUUAUGUUAAUCUUAUUUCAAUCGUUAUUUUUUUUGUGACAUUAAAAUUCAUCAAGCUUUUGCAGUUCAAUCGCCGUAUUUCAAUGGUGUCAUAUACCCUAAAAGUUGCAUGGUACCCUUUAACUAUGUUUGGAAUUGUCUUUUUUAUUAUCCUGUGUUCUUUUGUGUCUUCUUCUGCCAUUAUAUUUGGGCCUUUUAUGGAUGACUAUAAGACCUUCUUAAAUACAAUAACUUCUGUUGUUUCAUUGUUGUUGGGAAGAUUCAGUUUUAUUCAAUAUAAAAAUGCGAACAGUUUUCUCGGACCAGUUUUUUUUUAUGGUUUUAAUAUUAUUGUUAUUUGGAUCAUUAUGAAUAUGUUUGUAUCCAUAUUAAAUGAUGCGUUUCGAAAAGUCCGUACAAAGCCUGACAACCAGACUAAUGAUUAUGAAAUAAUUGAAUUUUUUCUAGAACAACUUAAAGAUUUGUUUGGAUAUAGAUGGAUUAAACAGGAGAAUACUUUUUCAUAUCAAAAUGAAAAAAUCUUUGAUAUAAAACACGAAAGCGACACUUAUAAAAGAGUAUCACAUUCGAACGGAAUUUUAUCGAAAACCUCUGAUUUCAACAAAGACUCAGUGGAAAAUGAAGUUUUUUAUACACUCGAUUCGAAAAAUACGAUUUAUGCGAGUUUUCCUAAAAAGAAAUAUUUGUUAAAUUCGAAUGAACGUGAGAUUAGCGUUAACGAAUCAUUUAAUACAUUUAUUAAUUGUGUAAAUCUUUUAUAUUUAAAAAAAAGCAAGCACGAAUAAAAAAAAUUUUAAGUGGCUAUUCGUCAGCCAAGAACCAAAAGGCCGUAUUUCCACAUUUUAUGUUUUUUUAGUUUAUUAUCAAUAAAUUUUCAUCAAUUCAUUCAGUAUGUAUCCAAUAAAUUUAUUCUCAAG